AUGGCUGCGAUGAACGGCGCGGUGGAGAACGGGCAGCCGGACAAGAAGCCGCCCGCGCUGCCUCGGCCCGUGAGGAACCUGGAGAUCCGGCACAGCAAGAUAUUUAUUAACAACGAAUGGCACGAAUCCAUGAGUGGAAAGAAGUUUCCCACAUAUAAUCCCUCAACGGCUGAGAAAAUCUGUGAUGUAGAGGAAGGUGAUAAGCCCGACAUAGAUAAGGCAGUAGAGGCAGCGAAAGCAGCAUUCCAGAGGGGAUCUCUAUGGAGACAAAUGGAUGCCUUCAGCAGAGGAAGGCUUCUCCACAAACUAGCCGAUCUCAUCGAGCGAGACAGAGUCAUUCUGGCGACCUUGGAAACAAUGGACACAGGGAAACCUUUUCUUCAUGCCUUCUUCAUUGACUUGGAAGGCUGUAUAAAGACACUUAGAUAUUAUGCUGGGUGGGCUGAUAAAAUCCAAGGCAGAACUAUCCCAGUGGAUGAAAAUGUUGUUUGUUUCACCAUGCAUGAACCGAUGGGGGUCUGUGGGGCUAUAACGCCGUGGAAUUUUCCAUUGCUCAUGCUUGUUUGGAAGAUGGCACCAGCACUGUGCUGCGGGAACACACUGGUUAUUAAACCAGCUGAGCAGACACCCCUCACUUCCCUCUACAUUGGUUCCUUAGUCAAGGAGGUGGGCUUUCCUCCCGGUGUGGUAAACAUAGUGCCAGGAUAUGGCCCCACAGCUGGGGCAGCCAUUUCUGCCCAUCAGAACAUUGACAAAAUAGCUUUCACUGGAUCAACAGAGGUUGGGAAACUGAUCAAGGAAGCGGCCUCUAAAAGUAAUCUCAAACGGGUGACACUGGAGCUCGGAGGGAAGAACCCCUGCAUUGUGUGUGCGGAUGCUGACUUGGACUUGGCGGUCGAAUGUGCCCAUCAAGGAGUUUUCUUUAAUCAAGGCCAGUGCUGCACUGCUGCCUCUCGAGUAUUUGUGGAGGAGCAGAUCUACCCAGAAUUUGUCAAGCGCAGCGUUGAGUACGCCAAGAAACGACUCAUUGGAGACCCAUUCGAUGCCAAAACUGAACAAGGGCCACAGAUUGACCAAAAACAGUUCGAUAAAAUUUUGGAGCUGAUAGAAAGCGGGAAGAAAGAAGGUGCCAAGCUGGAGUGUGGGGGUUUAGCCAUCGGAGACAGAGGUCUGUUCAUAAAACCCACCGUGUUUUCAGAGGUUACUGACAACAUGCGAAUUGCCAAAGAAGAGAUUUUUGGACCAGUGCAGUCAAUAAUGAAGUUCAAAAGUAUAGAAGAGGUCAUAAAAAGAGCGAACAACACUGAAUAUGGACUCACAGCAGCCGUAUUCACAAAGAAUCUGGACAGAGCUCUGACGUUAGCUUCUGCGCUGGAGUCUGGAACAGUCUGGAUCAACUGCUACAAUGCCCUUUAUGCACAAGCUCCUUUUGGUGGCUUUAAGAUGUCAGGAAAUGGCAGAGAACUUGGUGAAUACGCUCUGGCAGAAUAUACUGAGGUGAAAACAGUCACUAUUAAAAUAUCCCAGAAGAAUCACUGA